CUACUCAUGAUCAGCUGCUAGGCGUGUUCAAUGAUCACAGCAAGGCACGCGGUGCGCACACACAGACACAAUACAUACAUACAAGGCACGUACACACAGACAAAAUGCAACUACAUGGUCAUCCAUACACAAGCCUGUCGACACACAUCCAGGUGCUCGAAUUCCGCUACUUGCUUACUCACUGCGAUUGACAAAGAACGACCUGCCGACCGACACAAACUGACUGACUGACUACCUUUGAUCAGAGGCGUGCACAUUAAAUGGCCAGCCGCACAUCAGCUCAAUGAAUGACACACACCGCACAAGGGCGGCUGGCUUUCAAAAACAGACCAGCUGUAUAAGUAACUGAGGGAUUGAAUGGCCACACACCGCACAGUGGCCACCGAGCCCCCUCUUCCUGUCGAUCGGCCGGCCGUCGGCAUUCACUUGUUCUUGUCUGCGCGUGGCGGUGCUGGUGGGCUUGACGCAUCAAACGGACGCUCAGCAGCAUGUCCGUCGCUGUCGCUGUCGCUGUCCGUCUCGUUACUCGUCCGCCAUAGGCGCCAUCGGGAGAACAGAGGGGAGGCGCCGAUGGUUGUCUGCGUGUCGCCCAUCUCGUCUUGGGUGCGCCGCACACUCGCUGACGGACGCAAGGAUGGAUGGACACACAAAUGGAUGGAUGCGGACACGUGUGCGUGUGUGCGUGUGUGUGUGUGUUUUCAUCGACGUACCUGCGCGGACGUCGUAUGCUGCUAGGGAGGGGCUUGCAACCAUUCCUCCUUUUUUGCCCGACUUGUCAUUGCCCCAUGACCGCCCUCCUGACGUGUGGUAGGCAGCCGCACUGAAGUAACAUCUGACACGAAUGUCCAUCCAUCCACACGUGAAUGCAAUGAAGGGUCAGUAAGUGCUCCGCUGCUAUCUCACCUCGGCAGCCUGUGUGCGUCGGCAUCCCAGCAGCAGCCCUUCGCCUGAUCGAUCAAUGCCGUACACGCACAGACACACAAUCGGCGUGUGGCUCACAUGAUGUAUUUUCGUGUAUGUGUUGUCACACCAUCUCACCUCGCAUGCUCUGCGUCCACCUCCCUCCGGCAUGCAGUCAAGCACACGAUACUCACCAUUGGGGCACACACCUGACGCAAACACACGCACCGGACAUUUGUAUAUGGUAUGAUGCGCGACGAUAUGAGGGUCUUCCCCUACCAACCACAUACCAUCAGUGGUUUUGGGUUUGGUCUUGUGGUAGCACCAUGGCCGUCCUCUGCUGUUGGGUUCGUAGCAGCAUCCGGCCUGCUCACACUCGGCCUGGCUGGCCUUGUCGGGCAGACAACGGAUGUCGUUCGUGGCGCGGUUGGGACACACACCCUCUGCACACAAAUAUGAACACAGACAUAGGUGCGGGUAGAGCAGACAACAGAUAAGCGUGUUUGCUGACCUUUCUUGGGCGGUUUAGUGUGGUAGCAUCUGAAUGGGUGGCCGUAUAGCGAUGGGUUGAGAGGGUCCCAGCAGCAGCCCUUGGACUCACUGACACACACACACACAGACACACACACACAAUUGAGCGGUUGAUAGAUGGAUGGAUAGCUUCAUGCAGCCACCCGGUGCUGGUUUGUGUGCCCACCAGUCGUGUUUGUUGUCGGCUUUGCAUUCAAGGUGGUUCAGCCGAGUGCUGGGGCACGAACCUACACAGACAUAUGACACAGAUACACUCAGAUCCACCCGCAGCCACAUGGGUCCCCUUCUCCCACCCACCCACUCACCGGCAGCGAGACAGUUGCCGUAGUCCUUGACAUCGCUGCCACCACCGCCGCCACACUGGAACUCUGGAGAGACCACACACGCAUACACGCCCGGCACAGUAACACAGAUAGCCAGCUGUGGGUGUGUGAUGGAAGGCGCUAGGCACCACUUUGUGUGUGCUCGCUUACCGUCAUCAUCCUUCUCCUUGCCGUUCUUGCAUUUUUUUUUGUUUUUGCGGCACUCGUCCUUGUCCGUCUUGUCCUCCUUGCUGCCGUCACACUGGUGUCCCCUGCACUCGUCCGGGCUGCUGCCAUCAUCUGCAGACACACACACAUGCGUCAAAUUGCCUUUAUGUAUGUGUGCGUCAUGACGACUGGUUGCUGACCGUCCUUUGUUUGUAGUGAGUGUGGGUACAGCGACGGGUCGUACUUGUAGUAACACGCCGGGCCCAUGCUGUUGCGAGCGUCCCAGCAGCAGCCCAUCUCCUCGCUGCACCAAGGUCCCACACACACAGCCAGAGCAUUCGUCAUCACACACCCACACCAUCCCUUCGUGUGCCUCCCCUUUCUGACCAAUCGUCCUUCCCCCGCCCUCUAGGAAGACAUUCCAUCGUCGAGUACAUCCUGUUGGGGCACUGACCGCCAGACGGCACCAGCAGUGGCGGGGACUCAGUGGUGGUGGUACUGCCGGAUGACCGUGGGCUGUCGGUGGUACGUCGUCGCCGUUCGGAUCUUCUCUUCCGGUAGCACCGGAUCCGCUUGCCCGCUGCGUCACGGGCUUCAUUGCCACGGUCCCAGCAACAACCCAUCGCUGCACAAGGCACACAAGGACGGAGAGCUGACAAUACGGAUGCGUGUGGAUGUGUCUCCGUGUCUUUCUACCUUUGCAUUGAGAUCUGGAGUCAGCGGGGCAUGCCUCUCCGCUGUACAGCAUGUUGGGGCAGGAAUUAUCGGCCAUCGGGUCCCUCUUGUAGAAGCACGAGGGCAGCCCCUGGCUGGCGGCAGUGGGGUUCCAGCAGCAGUUGCGCCGCUCACACGCACGCUCAUCGCCGCCAUAGGGCAGACAGUUCAAGUGACUAAACUCGCCGCUUUCGCAACGUCCUGACGGCAUGCACACACAUGAGCAAGUGUGUGUGGGUGAGUGAGUGGGCGUACCAUUGCGACUGGGUGUGACUGUUGGGAUUGACAAAGGAGGGCUCUGAGUGGUGGUGGUGGUGGUCGUUGUGGUGGUGGUUGAAGUGGUUGAUGAUGUGGUGGGGGUGGUGUCCUGGACAAGAGGUAUAUAUGCGGCAUACUUGUAGUAGCACCUGGGCCCCCCUCGCCGGUGCGGCUCCCAGCAGCAGCCACGCGACUCACACGCAAAGCGAUCACCGCCCUCGGGCAGACAGUCAUGCAGCCGGCCCAACAGCAGAUUCGGACAGCUGCCUGCACACAGAAAGGAGAGACCAGGAGCGAUACACAGCAUUGCUGGGGCGCGUGUGUGCGUGUGGUUGUCUGACCGUCUUGGAAAGGGUUAUCUUUGUAGAAGCAUGCAGGCAAGUUGGUGUUGGUGUCGUCGCAGCAGCAGCCGUUGGCCUCGCACCUCUCCCGCCCCUCGUGGGCCGCCAGGCAGCUGUAGUCGCGGAACGGGGAUGCCGUACACGUGUCUUCGGGCACUGAAUGACCAAAACACAACACACACAAAGAGAGGGAAGCACGUCUCUCUCUCUUCUCUCACACAGACACACAGACAUCCACUCACCAACAACGGGGGGCAUCUCAGUCGUGCUGGUUGUGGUUGUGGUUGUGGUUGUGGUCGUUGUGGUGGUUGUGGUCGUGGUUGUCCCCUCCCCCCUGAGUCUCUCCACGGCCCUCAUGCCGUGCACCAGCCCCCACCCACACGCCCAGUCAUGGCCGCCAUCGAAGUGCCCCCCACUCAUGGGGUCGUCCAUGUCAAGCGCCGUGGCCUUGAGCACACCCACCAGCUCAUCGGGCGACAGGGACCGCUGCGCCUCCAGCAUGAGUGCCGCCAGGCCGGCCACGUGGGGGGCAGCCGCAGAUGUGCCAAAGAAAUUGGGGUGCCUGAAGAUAUAUAGCAAAUAACACGUAGGCCGUCGUUGUUCCCCCUCCCCGCGUGUGUGUGUGUUUUACCCAUCUUCAUCGACGUCGGCAUUCUCAAACGGGGGGAAGAACGAUGUGUUGGCUCCAUCAGGGCCGCAGAGAUCGGGCUUCUCCCGUAGCACACCGUCGCCGCCGUUGAGCAGCUGCCCCUCUGUGUCACGGUAGAUGCGUGUGCCGCCGACAGAGCUGAAGGCGUUGAUCUGUGCGGGGUCGACAUCGAACUGAGGCGUGUUGUAGUAGGCCGCUGCGGCAAUGGUGCAGGCGCCCUCGGCAUUUGCGUGACCGUACAGCGUCUGGAAAACAGAUUUUCCCUCUUUCUGUGUGAGGGCGUGUGCGUGAUAUGCAUUGUCAUUUACCGAGCUUUCUGUAUUGAAUUCCAUGAUCUCGACCUGUCCGCCCCUGUCGAAGAGGACGUACUUCAUGGCGGUGGGAGGGUCGCCAGUGUAUAGCUCGAUGGAGAGAUCGAACAGCUCACCGCCGAACGAUCCGUCAUUGUAAAACUGCAAAACCUCCACUGAAUCGCUGGCGAUCUGACCAAACAAGUACACCACUCGCACAUCCCGUGCUUGUCUUUCGCGUAAAAAAUGUGGGGGCAAGAUAAUGCUCACGUUGUCAUUGAGCCCCCCAGUGGACACGCGCGUGCCCGCCGUGUCCAUGAGGACCACAUCAAGGUCGCUGGUGCAUCCCUUGCCACUCACAGAGAAGAAGUCCUGCUCCCACUGAAACACCAAAUACACGUGGGUGUUGACGGGGAUGCGCAGACGCUGGGAUGUCUUGAUGGCGUCGGGUGAAGGGUCGAAGUCGUGCUGCUCGCCGCCGAAUGUGGCGCCGGUGACGUUUGACCUGGCGAAGGCUGCCUCGUAUGCUUGUGUGCCCAUGUUGCCUGCGGAUGAGAAGUAGGGGAUGCCCUGAGCUUUGGCCUCGUUGACGGCCUGGGCGAUGAUGCCGUCGACAUACAUUGGCUCUGCGAAAUAUAUCACGUCAUCCUGAAGGAAAGAGCAUUGCGCGAGUGUGACCAAGGGGGAGGAGUAUCGGUUGCUGUUGCUGACCACAAUGAUGUCACAUCCCUCGUCUGCGAGGUCGAGUAUCCCUUGAGCAAAAUCUGCACAGAAACCCAAACAACGGAUGUGCAUCCAGCGUCCUUCCCUCCCGCCACUCAUCCACUCACCGGCCAUGCCGCCAAAAGCCGUGUGGAACAUCAUCUCGCACCGCGGGGCCACGUCAUGAAUGAGCUGCAUCAUCGCACGACCCUCAUCGCCGUCAGCCUUGCUGUCAUCCAACACUACUAUCCCAGCAGGCAAGUCGCCAUUCUCAAUGUCCUGCGCGUAGUCGGUCAGCAGAGUCAGGCCCUCAGUCACGUUGUUGAAGCUGUCCGACAAGACGCCCAUCUUGACCCCCGCACCAGUGAGGCCAUACGUCGCCCGCACGUCGUUAGUCCACAUGGCCUGAUCGCCCUGUGACACAGCCGCCCCGGGCCACCCAUCUGGCACGAGGGCAUCGCCAUCAUUCCCCAGUUGCUGCAUGGUGAGGGCGAUAGAGGGCGAGGCGAAGUUGAGAGAGGCCAGCUGGCCCAGGAACCGCGACGCCUCCAGCGGCAGCCAUCCCGACACCACCCGCCCCUUCUUCCGCCCAUUCAUCAGCCCCAGAGCGGUCAGGUCAUCCAGCAGCACACCACCAUCAUCACUGGCAGCCACGGCGUCAAUCAGAAUCGCACCAGGGCCGCCCACGCGCGUCGCACCUGGCACAUAAGACGGGCUGGCGGCGGAAAGGGUGUGCUUGACAGCGGCGAAGGGCGAAGCCUUGCCGCCGUCGAGUCCCAGGUGCAGCUCCCGGGGGUUCUGCAGUGUGCCGUCGAGCUUGGGCGAGGGCUUGCGAGAGGGCCGAGCGGAUGACAUUGCCAAUAGCGAUAGUAACAAGGUAAGGACGGUCAUCGAGAGGUGGCAGAGGCGGAGAUCUUGAGUCAAAUGGAUGAAUGGACAGGCAGAGGAGGCCCCGUGAGUGAGUCAAUAGAUCAGUGAUGACACGGAAGAAAAAAGGACGAGAGCAGAUGAUUACGAGGGCAGAUCUCACGUCAGCAGCGGCUAACGAGCACGUCAGAAAGGAGCGUCCUUCCGAUUUUCGCACGUCAAGCUCGCAGAUGUCGAGCCAUGCCUCCCUCAAACCGCUGCCAAACCGCAUCCGACAAACGACGAAGGCCCGUCGAAGCCUCCUC